GGACAGCAACCUGUACCCCAUCCUAACUCUGGCACCCCAUCCUCCAUGCAGGCAUGCUGGCUGCUGUGCCAGGCCCACUCCAUCCCCAGGCCCAAGAUGAUAGCCAACAGCACCGAGGAGUGGCCCAGCCCUUUUCCCAAGGGGGUUCUGGUGCUCUCCCUGGCCCUGGCAAGCCUCAUCGUUGCUGCCAAUCUGCUCCUGGCCCUGGGCAUCGCCUGUGACCACCGUCUGCGCAGUCCACCUGCUGGCUGCUUCUUCCUGAGCCUGCUGCUGGCUGGGCUGCUCACAGGGCUGGCGCUGCCCAUACUGCCAGGGCUGUGGAGCCACAGCCGCCGGGGUUACUGGUCCUGCCUCUUCGUCUACUUGGCUCCCAACUUCUCCUUCCUCUCCCUGCUCGCCAACCUCCUGCUGGUGCACGGAGAGCGCUACAUGGCAGUGCUGUGGCCACUCCGGCCCCCUGGGAGCACACGGCUGGCCCUGCUCCUCACCUGGGCUGGCCCCCUGUCCUUUGCCAGCCUGCCUGCUCUGGGGUGGAAUCACUGGACCCCUGGUACCAACUGCAGCUCGCAGGUUGUCUUCCCAGCCCCCUACCUCUACUUUGAAACCUAUGGGCUCCUGCUGCCCGCCGUGGGUGCUGCUGCCGUCCUCUCUACCUGCGUGCUGGUCACUGCCCACCGCCAGCUGCAGGACAUCCGCCGGCUGGAGCGGGCAGUGUGCCGUGACGCGCCUUCAGCCCUGGCCCGGGCCCUCACCUGGAGGCAGGCAAGGGCACAGGCAGGAGCCACACUGCUCUUCGUGCUGUGCUGGGGGCCCUACGUGGCCACCCUGCUCCUCUCGGUCCUGGCCUAUGAGCAGCGCCCACCACUGGGGCCUGGAACAAUGUUGUCCUUCCUCUCACUGGGCAGUGCCAGUGCAGCAGCCGUGCCUGUGGCCAUGGGGCUGGGUGAUCAGCGCUAUACAGCCCCCUGGAGGGCGGCUGCACAAAGGUGGCUGCAGGGGCUACGGCGAAGGGCCUCCCGGGGCAGUUCCGGGCCCAGCACUGCCUACCACACCAGCAGUGUCGACCUGGACUUGAACUAGGGGAAGGGCCUCUGCUCACCCUACCAGAGCAUCCAUCCAACUCAGCCAAGCCUGUCUCCACAGGUUCCCAUUUCUCUGGGUGAGAGACCCCGCCCCAUCUGACCCCUCCGUGACUGA